UCGUUUAGGAUGCGCUGGCUGACUACUACGUGAAAGUUUAUUUCUGAGGUUGGCCAAGAAAUAGAUUAACUUUGCAGAAGAAUCAGUGAGUAGAAAUUGCCAGAAGAGAAUUUUUUUUUCCCCUGAAGUCUGUAACGUUAGACAAUUUCAGUAGGCAGUUCGCGUUAAGGGGGGGAAAUUUCAGCAGAAGCUAAUACAUCGCUGUAGACAUCCUUAAAGACACGUAUUGUGGAAGGCAAGAUCCAACACGAAGCUGAAGAAUGCUUUGUGCUUGUAUUUCAUUUUCCAGAAGGCCGAUGACAAGUAUACACAUCAUCUGCCUGCUUAGGUAUUUAUUACUGACGCCAUGCCACGAGGACAGUGAUCUCCCCCCACCCCGUUUGCACAAUGGAAGACUUGGGGAAGUCCUUCGGCUCUGAGGAGGAAGAAGCUAUCUAUUGGAAAGAUCUGGCCAUGACCUACAAGCAGAGGGCGGAGAACACGCAGGAGGAGCUGCGAGAAUUCCAGGAGGGAAGCCGCGAGUACGAAGCCGAAUUGGAGACGCAGCUGCAACAGAUUGAGACCAGGAACAGGGACCUCCUGUCGGAAAACAACCGCCUCCGCAUGGAACUGGAAACCAUCAAGGAGAAGUUUGAAACGCAGCAUUCCGAAGGCCACCGGCAGAUCUCAGCCUUGGAGGAUGACCUUGCCCAGACAAAAGCAAUUAAAGAUCAACUGCAGAAAUACAUCCGAGAGCUGGAGCAAGCAAACGAUGACUUGGAAAGAGCAAAACGGGCCACGAUCAUGUCUCUGGAAGACUUCGAGCAACGCUUGAAUCAAGCCAUUGAAAGAAACGCCUUCCUGGAGAGCGAACUCGAUGAGAAGGAGAAUCUCCUGGAAUCUGUUCAGCGACUGAAGGACGAAGCCAGAGAUUUGCGGCAGGAAUUGGCUGUGCAGCAAAAGCAGGAGAAACCCAGGACCCCCAAGCCCAGCUCGGUGGAAGCUGAAAGGACAGACACGGCGGUGCAGGCCACUGGCUCCGUGCCGUCAACUCCCAUAGCUCAUCGAGGACCCAGCUCUAGCUUCAACACACCUGGGAUGUUCCGACGCGGUCUGGACGACUCCACCGGGGGGACCCCCCUCACGCCUGCAGCCCGGAUAUCGGCCCUCAACAUCGUGGGAGACCUGCUGCGGAAAGUGGGGGCGCUGGAGUCCAAGCUUGCAUCCUGCCGGAACUUCGUCUACGAGCAGUCCCCCAACCGGACAAGUGGCCCCGCCGUAGGGCGGGGGAGCAAGAACAGAGACGGCGGUGACAGACGGCCCAGCAGCAGCAGUGUGCCUCUGGGUGAUAAAGGGUUGGGAAAACGCCUGGAAUUUGGGAAGCCGCCUUCAAAUAUUUCCUCACCAUCGCUGCCGCCAGCCCAGGGUGUAGUCAAGAUGUUGCUUUAGGACAUUUCACGGAAGCCGGAGUCCCUGGUUGUCUGUGUGGGAGUUGUUACCAUUUCUUCCCUACCUUUCUUUAAACUAGGUUUUUGGGUUUUUUAGGUUAGUUUGAGGAAUAGAAAGCAAGCAGUCACACUAGCCAGUGACUGAGGCCAUCACCUGUGGCCCCUGGUGGCUGUCCCCCCGGGAAAUGUCUCUGAAUCUCCAGCCUCUUUUUGUGGUGUGUUGCAAACGGACGGGGGCAGACUAGACCCUCUGGAAGGGCUCUGAGAUGUGGGUGCCGGGGCUGCCCUGUCCUUUUGAGCUCACCCGAGUCCUGAUUGGUCUUGAGAGGUGUUUUUUUAAAAUGUCUGGAGAUGCCUUAAAAGUUGGAUCUGAGCCCAUCUCAGGCUCAGUGCAGCCCCCACUCGGCUGGGGCUGUCUUCCAGAGCAAAAUCUCCGAAUGCUCUACGGCCCAGCAAGGAUGGGUGCCCUGACACCACGUCCAGGAGCGAGGGGUGGAACAGGCAGGGGCAUUUUGAAACUGUGGUGUGUGGACCUCCAAGACUUUUUAAUCUGCCCCUCCUCGAGCGUUUCGAGGUGUGCUUGAGUUUUAGUAUAAAUUGCGUGUGGACCAGGUCAGUGGAAAAUCUGUGUCCUCUUUAUAUCAGUCCUGACCGCUCGUUUUCCUGAGCCUUUCUGCCUGGCCCGGAGGUGACCUCUGUGUCAGGACCCAGAGGGUCCUUGGGGUGGAGUGGCCUUGGUAAUGCAGCCCCUAAGAACGGGACUUCAUUCAGAGCCAUAAUGAAACGAUCAGGGUGACCUUCAAAUGAGAUGAAACCAGCAGGAGUGUUCUUGGAAGCUUCCUCGUCACAGAAGAAAAGAAAACAGGACAUCCAAGUAGACGGUGGACUCGCUUACCCCUGCUCGUGGUGAAUUGUUGUCAUGCUUCCGGAUGCAAGUAAAAGGAACACAUGAAUUCAGGAGCACGCAUGCGGCUUAACACCCUUCCUUUUGUUACUAAGUUAUUUUUCCAAAAGAACAGCAAAAAUAUCCUUGUGUUGAAAAUAGACCUUUCCAAGUGCUGCUGAAAUUCAACAGCGAACUAAACUUCAGUGCCCACUAGUUACCCUAGAAACAUUCUAACCUGUCUCGCUAAAAGAUGUACUUUUAUUUUUUUAAAAGCACAAUAAAAUCAAGGGAAACUCACA